CUGCUUCUUUUAGCAACUAAUCGAACAUUUUAUUCUCUAACCACAACCUGAAUUAUGAUUUAUUUCUCAUAUUUCGUAAGAAAACUCGCUGUUUUAUCUUCCUUCGACUAACCAAUGGAUAAAUCGGGCCAAAAUAUACUGAUUUUGGCCAAACUGAAUGAAGUAUGUGGCAACUCAAGUACAGCAACCCGAAUUAAAUGUCACCUUGCGAAAGUAGGUUUCCAUUGUAUAUUACAAGAUGUUGGCUCAACUGAGUGUGUUGAUGCUCUUCUGCAACAGCAUCAAAUAUCAGCCAUAUUGGCACUGCACGCUUACCAUUCAGGAAAGAUUCUUACAAAUAGUCGUCUAAACAUACCAUAUGCUGUCGUCCUUGGUGGAACUGACGUCAAUGAAUAUCAUAGAGAUACUGACAAGAUGAAAAUUAUGUCUUCAGUUCUUAAACAUUCCAAGUACAUAAUAGGAUUUAGUAAACAAAUGGUCAACACAGCAGCAAGAUUAUGGAAAAACAUAGAUGCUGGGAUAUUUAUAUCUAUCCCUCAAGCUGUUGAAACAUAUCCAUCAGACUUUUCCCUGCCAGAAUACCUGAAGGCACACAAUCACAUUCCUGCUGGACUGUCAGCUCAAGAUUUGGACAUUUUCCUUCUAAUUGGUGGUAUCCGGUCAGUAAAGGACCCCCUCUACCUAACAGAUAUAUUUUCAGAAUGGCACAGAGAACAUAGAACGUGUUUCUUUGUUAUCAUCGGUCCCAAGAUUGAAGAUUGUUAUUAUGAAAAGUUCCUGAAGAAAAUCCAAACGUUACCUGGAGUAGUCUACAUAAACGGUCUCAUUCCAUCUGACACUCAUGCUUCAAUAGAACAAAGUUGUGCUGUGGUCAACUCUUCCCUCAGCGAAGGAAUGUCAACAGCCAUUUUGGAGGCAAUGCAACUUGGCACUCCAGUGAUUGCUCGCAACAUUCCUGGCAAUUCUGCUAUUCUCCAGGAUGGUAAAUCUGCUCUUCUUUAUAAUACACCGCAGGAGUUCUUGGAAAAAGCCAAACUAUUACUUUGUGAUCCAACUUUAUACAAUGAAAUUGUGAUUGCAGCAAAACAGAGCAUUGAGACAUGCCAUAAUUUAGAAGAGGAAGGAAGAUCCUACACAAUGGUAGUACAUGACCUUUUGUCUAAGAUCCAUCACUGAGUCUUUAAAAAAAAAGUAUCUAAGUUUUUUUUCUACAUUUAUGGAAAAGCUUUAGAAAGUUUUAAAAUAUCUAAUAUAGUGUGAAAAUUCAUUUUCUAGUUUUCAUUGGAGACUAAUAAUCGUUAAAAGAAUGAUAGCAAAGAUAACUAAACACUUCUCUUGGUCAUUAAAUUAGUUUUAAAUUUUAGUGUUUUUCACUGAGGUUACACAGAUAACAUUAUACAGAAUUAUCACCUCCAAAUAGGAUUAUUAAAUUACAUAUAUUAUGGAAGUUUCAUGGCAAUAAAAAUAUUUAUCCCUCCCACCAAUUUUUUUCUUUCUAGAAUUUAAAGGGAUCUUGAAAGACAAUCCUGAUAAUCUCCUAUUUUCCCCUCCUCUGUAAAUCUAGUGGAAAAAAAAAAAAAGACACACAGGGGCAGAAAGGACAAAGUAAACUUUAUAGUGACUAGUCCUUUCUCUUGA